CAAGACGCAUUUCUCAGCAGAUCACAUCCGCGGAGAAAACUUGACUGCUGAGUAUUGCUCUUUUGAACGGCUGGCCAUAACCUCCACCAAACACCCCUGAUUCCGGACUCCGCAAGCGGCUCAGAGCCUUCCACGAUGAGUCUUCAACCCGUAAACCCCCGCCCUUUCCUCCAAGCUAGGGUCGGAACCGAAGUCAUCGUUCGCCUAAAAUGGGGCCAAACAGAGUAUAAGGGACGAUUGGAGAGCAUUGAUUCAUACAUGAAUGUGCUGCUUAGAGACACAGAAGAAUUCAUUGAUGGAAAGCCUACGGGGACUCUAGGUCUCGUGCUUAUACGGUGUAACAAUAUCCUCUGGAUGGGAUCGGCGGAGAACGUUGAGAUGACGGACCUGGGAUUACGAUAGGAGGAUUUCAAGCGUUUUAUACCAUACCAAUCUUUUCGUUUCGGUCGCCUACUGUGUAUGCGGGAUAAGGAUAGGAAAAGGAUAGGAUGAUGGACGGCUCGGACCAGUUCACCUACCUCAGCACACGGUUUUCGGCCAGUUUUUCGGUCCGUGGCGUACGUGUUACAUUCGGCAGCUUUAAAUAAUACUGGUUUUUGGUCCGGACUGUGAACUGUGCAUGCAGAAAAUAAGGGGACUAUGCCAUGGUUGUGUGAGCGAGAAUGAGCGGCUCGCUGUUACUGCGUUGCUUUACCAGGUGUUGGAAAACACAGCGCCAGUACACCCUGUUGACUGAGAUUUUGAUAAUGUUCCAUACAAAAAUAGCCGUGUAUUUCAAUAGAUGCGGUGGAAAUCUACCCUUGUCCUAU